CAGGCCAGCGGUGGGCAGUGUGUAGGGCUAGUGUCACUGAGGCCGUGGUGAGGGUAGGAAGUGCGCCGCCGCUCAUCUACACACGUGACGCACGAGGCCAACUCUGCCUCUUAAGAUCUGAUACUCGUGUCGUGGGGUGAUGGAAGUAAACUGUUGUACCUCAGUUACUGAUGUGUUGUGAUAGAUCAUCUUGACGAUGUUGAAAUACUGAUGAGAAACAAAAAUGCAUUAUUGAGAAACACGAGAACCUCAUGAGUAAGAGAAUAAGUUGUGAUAAAUAAUCAGUUUAAGUGGAUAACUACCACUACGUUUAACUCAGAAGGACGAGACUGUGCAGAAGCCUGGGGGCCUCUCAAGCACCUUAGAACGAUGAUAAGAAUUAUGUGAGUGUUAUGAGCGUCGCCGUAGUAAUGGUUAACCCUCACUGGCUCUUGGCGGUGGUCCUGCUGGUCUCUCUCACGUUACCUGCCCCAGCUAAGCACACAGGGGUGACGUCAGUAUGGGUGGUGACCGGCGGGCGUGCUGAGCUACCGUGCCCACCUGCGCCCAAGAUGGAUGAUGAUCAGCCAGUACUAGUACUGUGGUACCUCUCCAGCAACACCUUGCCCGUGUACAGCUAUGAUGCUCGGGAGGGAGAGUUUGGGGCGGGCGAGCGGUGGUCUGAUCCAGGAGUGUUGGGUGAGCGAGCCUUCUUCACCGCACUCGCCCACCCGCCCACUCUGGUCCUAGAGCACGCCCACGCCCAUGACCAGGGCGUCUACACUUGCAGAAUCGACUACCGUCUCUCCCCCUCCACCACCUACAUCGUCAACCUCACCGUCAUCAUUCCCCCCGGGCCGCCCGUGGUGUUAUGGGGCGGCCUGGGCGUGGUGGGCGGUCUCGGGCCCCUGAGGGAGGACCAGCAGGUUAAGGUCGUCUGUCGCAGCGUGGGUGGUCGUCCUCCGCCUCAGUUGACCUGGUGGUGGCGCGGCUCACGACUGCCCAACCAGGUCACCAACACUACCGUCGACCCCAACACAGAAACUAUGAAGGUGGAGACGAAAUUGAUAGUAGUGGCCAGCAGAGACAUGCAGAAAGCCACCCUUACCUGCCAGGCCCACACGCCCACACCUCGCCACACCCACCACACAGCCGUACUCCAGCCUCGCUCGGUCUCACUCACACUCAAUAUUACUCUGCCACCACUAGACGUGAGGAUCCUUGGGUCAGGAGGGCCGGUGUCUGCAGGUGCGGUGUUGAGGUUGGUGUGUCGAGCCGUCGGCUCUCACCCUCCUGCUGAGGUCACCUGGUGGCGGGCACACUCACACCUCACCCAGGUCUCCUACGCCUUCGAGGAAGGGGGGAAUGUGACGACGGCGACGCUGACGGUGAUGGUGGACCGCGACUAUGACGGUGCUACUCUGGCCUGCACCGCCGCCAACCCUCUGCUGAACCGCGCCCCUCUCACACACUCGCUCAAGCUCCAGGUCUACUACACGCCGGUGGUAAGACUAUCACUAGGAAAUCCUCUGGACGGCGAGAUUAUUAAGGAGGGCGACGACGUGUACUUCGAGUGUACCAUCCGCGCCAACCCAGCCGUCCACCGUGUUGACUGGUACCACAACGGGGCGGAGGUGGUACACAACGUAAGCGCUGGUGUGGUGGUAAGCGGAUUGAGCCUGGUGAUUCGACGUCUGCGGCGACAACAUUCUGGCUCUUACACCUGUGCCGCAACCAACAUGGAGGGCCGCAACUCUAGUAAUGCGGUCCAUCUUACUGUCCGCCACUCGCCAGUGUGUGCAGGAGGGGCGCGGCAACGGACCCAGGGUGCUGCUAGAGGGACACCCGCCGUGGUCACCUGCAGGGUUGAGGCCAAGCCCGCCCUGGAUGUGACGUGGGCGUGGGUGAGGAGAAUGGAAGACGGCAGUGAACGUCCGGUGUCUGAGGAAGAUGUAAGAAAAGACGGUCUGAGCUCGAGCGUGGUGUUGACGCCUCUUAACCCAGGAGACUACGGCCAGGUGCUGUGCAGCGCCACCAACACUAUAGGGCGACAACGAGAGCCCUGUAUGGUGACCCUGGUGCCUGCCGGGCCCCCCGACCCACCCUCCAACUGUACAGCCGCCCCUGUCGCCCACACCAAAGACAACCAGGACGCCCAUCUCAUGUUGCUGGCCGUCACCUGCCAUGAGGGGUUUGACGGUGGCCUCCCACAAGAGUUUUUACUGGAAGCUUGGCAAGAUAAUGUAAUAAUGGCCAACUUGAGCAGUGACUUCCCGGAGUGGGUGGUAGUGGGUCUAGAAGGCGGGGUGGGCGCCACGCUGAGGGUCGCUGCCCGAAACGCACGCGGACGAAGUGACACCCUGCGGCUUGAGGUACACACAGCCAGUGCCCAGCACCGCGCCGCCGUAGACUCUGAGAGCGCUGCCCUAGGUGUUCCAACCAUGCUGGGAGCAGUUGUGGGCGUGGCUGUAGUGCUGCUGCUGCUCUUGGUGGUGAGUGUGGUGAUAGCACGACAUGCCUGUCCACGCAAGAGUAAAGGUGGCGGCACCAACGACCACACGCUGGUGAAGACGCCCACCGGCAGCGAGUGGGACUGCUAUGACCCAACCCUCGUGUCCCCCGCCCAGCGCCGCCACCCCAGCCUACACUUACUAGCCAACUCUCACGGACAACGCGAGUCUCUGGUGCAUGUACACGCCGACACUCAAACACCUUCACACAUUCCAACCAAAACUCACGCUCAUAUGCAGUCACAAACUCCACACUCACAUCUAAACGGACAAAUUGUCAACUGUCGUCAGCAGAGUAUACAAGUGGAUCAAGCUUGUCGGGAGUCUGACUCCACCAGCCACUGGAGUAGCGACUCUGAAGCCGAAUCAGUAGUAGAGGUUGACCUAACAGCAGCAGGUCGAUCAUCGGCGGCAGGGUGGCCCCGCGGGAUAGACAAAUCUACUUACACACCGUUGGCCACGGGGGACCUGGACCCCCCCACAACAGAGACACCUCUCUCCUUACCCACCUCACACAGCCAAGCUCCAGUGAGUUGCCAACCUCAUACCACAGACGGCGAUGCCCCACCCCAGCCUCCCACCAAAGACUCUCACUUCCCUUGUGCAAUCAAACAUGUACCUGCUAGUACCCAAAGAAUCAAAAGUUCUCCAAAGACAUUUAGAAAUGAUAAAGGUAUUGAAAAAUAUCCAAAGAUACGUGAUAAGAGAAAACUGGUGAGAUUUAGCGAUUAUAGUAAAGCAGCCUCAGCUUCAGUCCGUCCACCAUCUAAGGUUAUACAGGGUGAGGUCAGCGCUACCUCAACGCCCCUGGCCUCCACCGAGGCUGGAACUGCUAUAAUUACUGUUCAUGAAAAUGGGGACAAAAACUCCUCUGAAACGUCGCCGCCACCAAAGCCACCCAGAACACUCAGCCAUACCAUUAUUGAUGGUUGUGGGGCCCUGCCAGCACCCGAAGUCUCAAGUUACACGUUAACUGGACCUUCAGGGCAUUCGCCACUAACCUCACAAGGACCGCACACGCCCGUUUCAGAAGAUUCUUCCCAAGCCACCACCUCCAACCCGGCGCCUCUAGCUGAAGACGAGGUGCGGGACGCCUACUCCAUCGUUCGAGUGAGAGAUGGAGGGCCUCUGAGGACUAAGUACUCUGACCCUGGCAUCAUGGAGAGUUCCAUAUGACCCAUGUCUCCGGUAUGGCUCUCUUUUAUACCCGUCAGUAAAGGAGCCAUAUCGAAGAAAUAAAACAAAUUACGCUUUUUGUUCUAAGAUCAUCCUCCUGAGAAGGCAGAAAGCAAUCAAUAUAACUAACUAUUCUUUAAUAAUCUAUCGGCAUGUAAAUUCGAGUGUGCCAGACGUGACUUGUGUAAAAGGACAAGUCUUGCUAUCGUCACCAUCACCUGAAUCUUGCAGACAUAAAGUAAUAAAAGUUCUCCACUAAUAGACGCCGCUCCCAGUGUCACUUGUACCUUCAUCUGUACUAUUGUUUCAGAACAAAUAAUGACAGCUUGAAAUGGUAAUUAAUAUGAGUACAAUUCUUUAUUUUAUACAGCAUACAUUAUAAAUGGCAUGCUACGUUGUACUGUACAGUACAUAGCUUACAAAAUAAUUAAUUCAUAUUGAAGUUCUUUAGAGUUCACUGUUGAGGCUAAAGACUUUAGGAAUACCGACAUACGGGAUGGUUAUACAGUAAAUAAUAAUAAAUGUCUGUGGUUCAAAAUCUGCAGCGUUUAGUUUUUAACACUGAAGAAAAUUAUUGUUUAAGUCAGUUAGUGCUACUUGUUCCGUUUUCUCUUACAACUCUACAAACCGCUUCACAUAAGAACAUUCGCUAAGUUGUAUCCUAUCGUUUUAAUACUUACUUUUCCUUGAAUCAUCUUCGCCAGUGUGGAUUGUUUUGUCUUAAAAUUAUUUAUAUCUAUUUCAUUAUCAUAUUUAUGACUACUCGGACACAUCAAUACAGGUAUCCGUAUAAUAAUUACUACAAUAUAGUGUUAAAAAUAUGGUGUACGAACGUGUCAUUAAUCAGUAUUUUCUAUUGGUUUAACUAUUCCAAAGCAUAAAAUAAGUGGCGCUGUGGGGUUUUUGGGAUGUUUGGUUCACACUCAGGAUGGGAUGGAGAAAGGAAACUCACAAUGUGCUCUCAUGUAUACAUGUUGUAUUGGAUGUACAAUGCAGCUUGG